AUGCCCUUUGGCGAAAUACGUCUAAGUCAAGCAUAUCCCCCCCAUCCACAGUGCAAAAUGGACAGACUGACCUACAUAAAUGAGUACGCUAAAAUUUUCCACAUUGGUACAGAUGAAAGGCGGCGAGAAGAGAAGCAUAGUGGAAAGAAACACGAUGCCGAGUGUUCCGAGAAAGAAAAGCAUUAUUCAAAGGUGAAAGGAAAAAAUGCCCCGAUAUCGUCAUCAAACCAUGCGGAAGAGAGAGGAGUGUCCAGAAAGUUAUAUCCGUACAGGGAGAGCAAAAAUGAAUAUCCGACACAGAGAGUACGGAAAGCAAAUGAAUAUCACGAGUUCGGGAGGGAAGUAUCUUCCUCCAACUUGAGCUUAACAUCAAAAGAUUCCAAAACUGUGAAUCACCCGUAUUAUGAAAUGAAGAGGAGGGACACCAGAAAGACCCUAAAUUAUUAUCUAGAACGAGUUCAUAUAUGCAAAAGGUGUUACAUGAACGAAUUGCACGAAAGGAAGAGAAGGACUGCAGUUUAUACCUUAGAGUUUAAUAACUUGGCUGACUGUGAACCUGUUAGUGGACAUCAUUUAGUGAAGAGGAAUACAACCCUUGCGCAUGACUUGAAACACAAGAGUAAAUACCGUGAAGAGCGCCCUGCUGGAGAGGGAAACAAAGGAGUAAUAAUUGUGGAGAGGCGUCCAGAACAAAUUCCGCAGAAGAAAAAUUUGUUCCAACUUUUGAAUUCUAUUUUUAGCGUGAAUUAG